AUGUCUUCUACACCACCCGAUGGAGAAGGCCUCAGUAUGAUGUGGUGGGCAGCCCGACACCCACCAGCUAAUCCAACGACCUCCUUCGCCGGUCAAACCGUGCUAAUCACCGGUGCCAAUACGGGGCUAGGCUAUGAAGCUGCUCUCAAAUUUGCGGCACUGGGUGCCUCACGCCUCAUAUUCGGCGUCCGAUCGCUUCGCAAAGGCGAAGAAGCCCGAGCUCAAAUAUGCCAACAAACCGGCUACGAUGCAAGCGAUAUCCAGCUUUACGAACUCGAUAUGAGCACUUUUGCGUCCGUCAAAGCCUUUGCCGAGAUGACUGCCAAAGAACCUCGCGUGGAUAUUGCAAUUCUCAAUGCUGGAAUCAUGGCAACGUCCCAUGGUCCGAGCCCUGAAGGAUACGAGAUGUCUCUGCAAGUCAUGGUUCUCUCAACCGCACUACUGGGUAUACUUCUACUACCACAGCUCCAAAAGUCAGCUGCGAUAUCUGGCAAGCCGGCACAUCUUGAGCUUGUGGGGAGUGUUGCCGGUCGCAAUGUAAAGCCCGAUACCUUCUCGCGGUCCGACGCCAAGAUCCUGGACCAAGUUAAUGAGCCGAACUUCUUCGGAGUGCAGAAGCAGUACAACGUCGCAAAACUGUUGCUCUUUUAUGUUUUAGCUGGCUUGGUGGAGUCAACAAGCAGCUCGGAGGUGAUUGUCAAUGCUGUUUGCCCGGGGCCAUGUCGAACUGAUCUUGGCCGAGACUUUUCGAGCUGGUUGAAGAUGCCGAUGGCUCUCUUUCAGUCUGUGCUUGCCCGCUCGGCCGAGGAAGGGGCGAGAAGCUACGUUAGUGGAGUGGCACUUGGUCAAGAAGCGCAUGGUCAACUCUGGAGUGCCGAUACGUUCUUCAGCAAGGGAGAGCUUGCUACGAGUCCGCAAGGCAAGACCUUGCAGAAGAAAGCAUGGGGCGAAAUUCUUGAAGUACUGCAACCUUAUCUGCCCAGCAAAUAG